AUGGGGCUCGCGUUCGGGAAGCUCUUCAGCCGGCUCUUCGCCAAGAAGGAGAUGCGGAUCCUCAUGGUCGGCCUCGACGCCACCGGAAAGACCACCAUCCUCUACAAGCUCAAGCUUGGCGAGAUCGUCACCACCAUCCCCACCAUCGGCUUCAAUGUUGAAACUGUUGAGUACAAGAACAUUAGCUUCACUGUCUGGGAUGUCGGGGGUCAGGACAAGAUCAGACCUCUCUGGAGGCAUUACUUCCAGAACACACAGGGUCUUAUCUUUGUUGUGGACAGCAAUGACCGCGACCGUGUUGUUGAGGCAAGAGAUGAGCUCCAUAGGAUGCUGAAUGAGGAUGAGCUACGUGAUGCUGUGUUGCUUGUUUUUGCCAACAAGCAAGAUCUUCCCAAUGCUAUGAAUGCUGCUGAGAUUACUGAUAAGCUUGGAUUACACUCCCUGCGCCAGCGACACUGGUACAUCCAGAGCACUUGUGCCACAACUGGUGAGGGUCUGUACGAGGGCCUGGACUGGCUAUCCAGCAACAUUGCUAGCAAGGCUUGAGGCCUGGGAUAUCAACUGCGAACUGACUAGGAGCUCCGGAUGUAUCAUGGAAACUUAGGACAUAAUCACCUUUUCAAUCUGUUAGGUGUCUUCUGCCGGGACAGAAUCGCCUUUUCGAUCUCACGAUCUGCGAUGCUUCACUGGUUACACAGAUGUCACUGUUAAAUGUUGUUCUACUCUUUGAUGUUCUUUAGACCUGUUCAUUUUGCACAAGGAGUUCGGAUAUCAUGUUACUUUGGGAAGUUACUAUGUAUUACCUGGUUAUUAUAUUCGCACAGGACCUCCAAUAUCGUGUUACAUCGUAUAUCGGAUACCAGGCAUUGCUUGUUUCUG